CCCGUGCCAACCUCAUGUGAGGCGGUGCUUAUAUGAGCACUUCAACGCGGGGUCUCUCUUUCAACUCUCAUAAUUAAUCGUGGUGCUUGUGCGAUACUUAGUGAGUUUCAGGUUGAUUACCAUUACUUCUUAUCUUUUGCAUACAGUGGGGGAUGCUUUCACAGUCUUUCUCAGAGAACUUGACACAAUUAUGUCUCCACCGAUCCCGGAAAGCGCCUCUCGUGGUUUUUGGUAGUGGUAGUCAUCUGGUCAGCAGCAGCCUGCACCACCAUCGGAUCCAGCGCUUGACACUUAGGGAUGGGGAGAUCCCUAACUUCUCAGCUUUAACCUCCUUACAAGAGCUGUCACUUAAUUGUCGUGCCUCUACGGUUGACCCAGCCCGUCUGGAGGCUUUUUUUCGUCUUCUCUCCCAUGCUCCAAUCCGCCACAUACGACUUCAAAUGCAGCAAAUCCCCUUCUUCCCUGCUGUAAAUGCAAUUAAUCUCACUCAUGUUGAAUUGCACACUUAUCAUCCAUCAAUUCCAAAUGCCAUCAAUGCCGCGACCAAUCUUGUGUACUUCUCCGUGGUUGUUAACCGCCUUUCCACAUAUGUGACAAGUCCCGUAACUGGAAUCACAGCACUGCCGUUCUUGCGGUCCCUCACCCUCGGAGGGGCUUCCAUGCAUCAUGGACUCUUCCCCCAAAGCGCAGACAGGUUAGAAACCAUUCAAUUGAUAAAUUCAAAACACCCUCCACCAGUGCUUCAUUCCUCACAAUUCCCUUGCUUGCGGCUCGCCGCCAUCGACGCAUGCAACAUCGAUGUCAACGACCUGAAGGAUUUCUUUGCUCAUCACCCUAAACUUGAACAUUUUUCCCUCCUUAAUUUGCGUGAUACCCAUGACCCGCAUUUUCUGGAAUGCCUGUGCCGUGAUGACUUAGUUUUGUGUCCCUCGCUACGCUGGUUGCAGCUGGACGUUAUCUCGAGGGCAAACGAGUGGGACCGCGUGUUUGCCGGCGUCCUUUCCCACUUGCACUAUAUCAGGUUUUUCCAGACUUCCACCCCUCUCUACAUCGGACUUUACGGGAUAUCAGAAAGUAAUACACCUUGCACGUUCCAGCUUGCAACAUCCAAGCAUAUUCCUCUAUUCCUUAUCUCUUUUUCGGAUCCCUUCCAACCAGAUUGGCUCUGAUCUCUGGCUUCGCCUAUCAGUUGCUGUCAGCAUGAGACGGUCAAUCACAUGGCGUGGGAUUGCUACUGAUCUUUCACUCCAAUAUCCGUCUCAACAAGCUGUUCCGGCUAAUUCUCACGUUCUUGUGUAAUGAAGUUCAUGUGGAACAAGGUUAUGUUGCCCUCCUACAAUGAAUGGGAUUGAGAUACUUGACCCUUUCACCUGGACAACAUUCCUACCGGAGCU